GGAUAUUCGACUUCCAGUAUCUUCAUUGAAUUGUGCCUGGAGCAGAUGAGCCUGUGGGUCUCAGACCCUGUGAAGAACCUCAGAUCAGGAUGCUCGGAACCGGACCCACUGCCGCCACCACAGCAACCACCACGUCCAGCAACGUGAGCGUCCUGCAGCAGUUCGCCAGCGGCCUGAAGAGCCGAAAUGAGGAGACCAGGGCCAAAGCUGCCAAGGAGCUCCAGCACUAUGUCACCAUGGAGCUUCGAGAGAUGAGUCAGGAGGAGUCUACGCGCUUCUAUGAUCAGCUGAACCAUCACAUCUUUGAACUGGUUUCUAGCUCAGAUGCCAAUGAGAGAAAAGGUGGCAUCUUGGCCAUAGCCAGCCUCAUUGGAGUGGAAGGUGGGAAUGCCACUCGGAUUGGCAGAUUCGCUAACUAUCUUCGGAACCUCCUCCCCUCGAAUGACCCAGUUGUCAUGGAGAUGGCAUCAAAGGCCAUUGGCCGCCUCGCCAUGGCAGGGGACACUUUUACAGCUGAGUAUGUGGAGUUUGAGGUGAAGCGAGCCUUGGAGUGGCUGGGCGCCGACCGCAACGAGGGCCGGAGACACGCAGCUGUUCUGGUUCUCCGUGAGCUGGCCAUCAGCGUCCCCACCUUCUUCUUCCAGCAAGUGCAGCCCUUCUUUGACAACAUUUUUGUGGCUGUGUGGGACCCCAAACAGGCCAUCCGGGAGGGAGCUGUAGCCGCCCUUCGUGCCUGUUUGAUCCUCACCACCCAGCGUGAGCCGAAGGAGAUGCAGAAGCCUCAGUGGUACCGGCAUACAUUUGAAGAAGCAGAGAAAGGGUUUGAUGAGACGUUGGCCAAGGAGAAAGGCAUGAAUCGGGAUGAUCGCAUCCAUGGAGCCUUGCUGAUCCUCAACGAGUUGGUCCGCAUCAGCAGCAUGGAGGGAGAGCGCCUGAGAGAAGAAAUGGAAGAAAUCACACAGCAGCAGCUGGUGCAUGACAAGUACUGCAAGGACCUCAUGGGCUUCGGCACGAAACCUCGCCACAUUACCCCCUUCACCAGUUUCCAGGCUGUCCAGCCCCCUCAGUCCAACGCCUUGGUGGGACUGCUGGGGUACAGCUCUCACCAAGGCCUCAUGGGGUUCGGGGCUUCCCCCAGCCCAGCGAAGUCCACCCUGGUGGAGAGUCGGUGUUGCAGAGACCUGAUGGAGGAGAAAUUUGAUCAGGUGUGCCAGUGGGUGCUGAAAUGCAGGAAUAGCAAGAACUCGCUGAUCCAGAUGACAAUCCUUAAUUUGUUGCCCCGCCUGGCCGCGUUUCGACCUUCUGCCUUCACAGAUACCCAGUACCUCCAAGACACCAUGAACCAUGUCUUAAGCUGUGUCAAGAAGGAGAAGGAACGUACAGCAGCCUUCCAAGCCCUGGGGCUGCUUUCUGUGGCUGUGAGAUCUGAGUUUAAGGUCUAUUUACCUCGUGUGCUGGACAUCAUCCGUGCAGCCCUACCCCCUAAGGACUUUGCCCAUAAGAGACAGAAGGCCAUGCAGGUGGAUGCCACAGUGUUCACCUGCAUCAGCAUGCUGGCCCGGGCAAUGGGGCCAGGCAUCCAACAGGAUAUCAAGGAGCUGCUGGAGCCCAUGCUGGCAGUGGGACUGAGCCCUGCCCUCACUGCUGUGCUCUACGACCUGAGCCGUCAGAUUCCACAGCUGAAGAAGGACAUCCAGGAUGGGCUCCUGAAGAUGCUGUCCCUGGUCCUGAUGCACAAACCCCUCCGGCACCCGGGCAUGCCCAAGGGCCUGGCCCAUCAGCUAGCUUCCCCUGGCCUCACAGCCCUGCCUGAGGCCAGCGAUGUGGGCAGCAUUACUCUUGCCCUUCGAACCCUUGGCAGCUUUGAGUUUGAAGGCCACUCUCUGACCCAGUUCGUCCGCCACUGUGCAGAUCAUUUCCUAAACAGCGAACACAAGGAGAUCCGCAUGGAAGCUGCCCGCACCUGCUCCCGCCUGCUCACGCCCUCCGUCCACCUCAUCAGCGGCCACGCUCACGUGGUCAGCCAGACCGCAGUGCAAGUGGUGGCAGAUGUGCUCAGCAAACUGCUCGUGGUUGGGAUAACAGAUCCUGACCCUGACAUCCGGUACUGUGUCUUGGCAUCCCUGGAUGAGCGCUUUGAUGCACAUCUGGCCCAGGCAGAGAAUUUACAGGCCCUGUUUGUGGCCCUGAACGACCAGGUGUUUGAGAUCCGGGAGCUGGCCAUCUGCACCGUGGGCCGGCUCAGUAGCAUGAACCCGGCCUUCGUCAUGCCUUUCUUGCGCAAGAUGCUCAUCCAGAUUCUGACGGAGCUGGAGCACAGCGGCAUUGGAAGAAUCAAAGAGCAGAGUGCCCGCAUGCUGGGGCACCUGGUCUCUAAUGCCCCACGGCUCAUCCGCCCCUACAUGGAGCCCAUUUUGAAGGCUUUAAUUUUGAAACUGAAAGAUCCGGACCCUGACCCAAACCCAGGUGUGAUCAAUAAUGUCUUGGCUACAAUAGGAGAAUUGGCUCAGGUUAGUGGCCUAGAAAUGAGGAAAUGGGUGGAUGAACUCUUUAUUAUCAUCAUGGACAUGCUCCAGGACUCCUCUCUGUUGGCCAAAAGGCAGGUGGCUCUGUGGACCCUGGGACAGUUGGUGGCCAGCACUGGCUAUGUGGUGGAGCCCUACAGGAAGUACCCCACUUUGCUUGAGGUCCUUCUGAAUUUUCUGAAGACUGAGCAGAACCAAGGUACACGGAGAGAGGCUAUCCGUGUGUUAGGGCUUUUGGGGGCCCUGGAUCCCUACAAGCACAAAGUAAACAUUGGCAUGAUUGACCAGUCCCGCGACGCUUCUGCUGUCAGCCUGUCUGAAUCCAAGUCAAGUCAGGAUUCCUCCGACUACAGCACCAGCGAGAUGCUGGUCAACAUGGGCAACCUGCCCCUGGAUGAGUUCUACCCCGCUGUGUCCAUGGUGGCACUGAUGCGGAUCUUCCGGGACCAGUCCCUCUCGCACCAUCACACCAUGGUUGUCCAGGCCAUCACCUUCAUCUUCAAGUCCCUGGGCCUCAAGUGUGUGCAGUUCCUGCCUCAGGUCAUGCCCACAUUCCUCAAUGUCAUUCGGGUCUGCGACGGGGCCAUCCGGGAAUUCCUGUUCCAGCAGCUGGGAAUGUUGGUGUCCUUUGUGAAGAGCCACAUCCGACCUUAUAUGGAUGAAAUAGUCACCCUCAUGAGAGAAUUCUGGGUCAUGAACACCUCGAUCCAGAGCACGAUCAUCCUUCUCAUUGAGCAGAUUGUGGUAGCUCUUGGGGGUGAAUUUAAGCUCUACCUGCCCCAGCUGAUCCCACACAUGCUACGUGUCUUCAUGCAUGACAACAGCCCAGGCCGCAUCGUCUCCAUCAAGCUAUUGGCUGCCAUCCAGCUGUUUGGCGCCAACCUGGAUGACUAUCUGCAUUUGUUGUUGCCCCCUAUCGUGAAGCUGUUUGAUGCCCCGGAAGUUCCACUGCCGUCUCGGAAGGCAGCGUUAGAGACUGUGGACCGCCUGACGGAGUCCCUGGACUUCACUGACUACGCCUCCCGGAUCAUUCAUCCAAUUGUUCGAACGCUGGACCAGAGCCCGGAACUGCGUCCCACAGCCAUGGACACGUUGUCUUCGCUGGUCUUCCAACUGGGGAAGAAGUACCAAAUUUUCAUUCCAAUGGUGAAUAAAGUCCUGGUGCGACACCGAAUCAACCAUCAGCGCUAUGAUGUCCUUAUCUGCAGAAUUGUCAAGGGAUACACUCUUGCUGAUGAAGAAGAAGACCCUUUGAUUUACCAGCAUCGAAUGCUGAGGAGUGGCCAAGGAGACGCAUUGGCUAGUGGGCCAGUAGAAACAGGACCCAUGAAGAAACUGCAUGUCAGCACCAUCAACCUCCAAAAGGCUUGGGGAGCUGCCAGAAGGGUCUCCAAAGAUGACUGGUUGGAGUGGCUGAGGCGGCUGAGUCUGGAGCUCCUGAAGGACUCUUCAUCACCUUCCCUGCGCUCGUGCUGGGCCCUGGCUCAGGCCUACAACCCGAUGGCCAGGGAUCUUUUUAAUGCCGCAUUUGUGUCCUGCUGGUCUGAACUGAAUGAAGACCAGCAGGAUGAACUCAUCAGAAGCAUCGAGUUGGCCCUCACCUCGCAGGACAUUGCCGAAGUCACGCAGACCCUCUUAAACUUGGCUGAAUUCAUGGAACACAGUGACAAGGGCCCCCUGCCAUUGAGAGAUGACAAUGGCAUUGUCCUGCUGGGUGAGAGGGCUGCCAAGUGCCGAGCAUACGCCAAAGCACUACACUACAAAGAACUGGAGUUCCAGAAAGGUCCCACCCCCGCCAUCCUAGAGUCUCUCAUCAGCAUUAAUAAUAAGCUACAGCAACCAGAGGCAGCUGCCGGGGUGUUAGAAUAUGCCAUGAAACACUUCGGAGAGCUGGAGAUCCAGGCUACCUGGUAUGAGAAACUGCACGAGUGGGAGGAUGCACUCGUGGCCUACGAUAAGAAGAUGGACACCAACAAGGAUGACCCGGAGCUGAUGCUGGGCCGCAUGCGCUGCCUCGAGGCCCUGGGGGAAUGGGGGCAGCUCCACCAGCAGUGCUGUGAAAAGUGGACCCUGGUUAAUGAUGAGACCCAAGCCAAGAUGGCCCGCAUGGCUGCCGCAGCUGCAUGGGGUUUAGGUCAGUGGGACAGCAUGGAGGAGUACACCUGUAUGAUCCCUCGGGACACCCACGAUGGGGCAUUUUACAGAGCUGUGCUGGCGCUGCAUCAGGACCUCUUCUCCUUGGCGCAACAGUGCAUCGACAAAGCCAGAGACCUGCUGGAUGCCGAGUUAACCGCUAUGGCAGGAGAGAGCUACAGUCGGGCAUAUGGGGCCAUGGUCUCUUGCCACAUGCUCUCUGAGCUGGAGGAGGUUAUCCAGUACAAACUUGUCCCUGAGCGACGGGAGAUCAUCCGCCAGAUCUGGUGGGAGAGACUGCAGGGCUGCCAGCGUAUUGUGGAGGACUGGCAGAAAAUCCUGAUGGUGCGGUCACUCGUGGUCAGCCCUCAUGAGGACAUGAGGACCUGGCUCAAGUAUGCCAGUCUCUGUGGGAAGAGUGGCAGGCUGGCCCUUGCUCAUAAAACCUUAGUGUUGCUCCUGGGAGUUGAUCCAUCUCGGCAACUUGACCAUCCUCUGCCAACAGUUCACCCUCAAGUGACCUACGCCUACAUGAAAAACAUGUGGAAGAGUGCUCGCAAGAUUGAUGCCUUCCAGCACAUGCAACACUUCGUGCAGACCAUGCAGCAGCAGGCCCAGCACGCCAUCGCCACCGAGGACCAGCAGCACAAGCAAGAGCUGCACAAGCUCAUGGCCCGGUGUUUCCUGAAGCUCGGGGAGUGGCAGCUGAACCUGCAGGGCAUCAACGAGAGCACCAUCCCCAAGGUGCUGCAGUACUGCAGUGCGGCCACAGAGCACGACCGCGGCUGGUACAAGGCCUGGCACGCGUGGGCAGUGAUGAACUUCGAAGCUGUGCUGCACUACAAGCAUCAGAACCAAGCCCGGGACGAGAAGAAGAAGCUGCGGCACACCAGCGGGGCCAACAUCACCAGCACGACCACGGCCGCCACCACAGCGGCCACGGCCACGGCCACCGCCACCAGCACCGAGGGCAGCAACAGCGAGAGCGAGGCCGAGAGCACCGAGAACAGCCCCACCCCGUCUCCUCUGCAGAAGAAGGUCACUGAGGAUUUGUCCAAAACCCUCUUGAUGUACACCGUCCCUGCCGUCCAGGGCUUCUUCCGUUCCAUCUCCUUGUCACGAGGCAACAACCUCCAGGACACCCUGAGAGUCCUCACCUUAUGGUUUGACUAUGGUCACUGGCCAGAUGUAAAUGAAGCCUUAGUGGAGGGGGUGAAAGCGAUCCAGAUUGACACUUGGUUACAGGUUAUACCACAGCUCAUCGCAAGAAUCGAUACGCCUAGGCCCUUGGUGGGCCGCCUCAUUCACCAGCUUCUCACAGACAUUGGCCGGUACCACCCCCAGGCCCUCAUCUACCCCCUGACCGUGGCCUCUAAGUCCACUACGACGGCCCGCCACAAUGCAGCCAACAAGAUUCUGAAGAACAUGUGUGAGCACAGUAACACCCUGGUCCAGCAGGCCAUGAUGGUGAGCGAGGAGCUAAUCCGCGUGGCCAUCCUCUGGCACGAGAUGUGGCACGAAGGCCUAGAAGAAGCGUCUCGUUUGUACUUCGGGGAGAGGAACGUGAAAGGCAUGUUUGAGGUGCUGGAGCCCCUGCAUGCUAUGAUGGAACGGGGCCCCCAGACUCUGAAGGAAACAUCUUUUAAUCAGGCAUAUGGUCGAGACUUAAUGGAGGCCCAAGAGUGGUGCAGGAAGUACAUGAAAUCCGGGAACGUCAAGGACCUCACCCAAGCCUGGGACCUCUAUUAUCACGUGUUCAGACGAAUCUCUAAGCAGCUGCCUCAGCUCACCUCCUUAGAACUGCAGUAUGUUUCCCCCAAACUUCUGAUGUGCCGGGACCUUGAAUUGGCUGUGCCAGGAACGUAUGACCCCAACCAGCCGAUCAUCCGCAUUCAGUCCAUAGCGCCGUCCCUGCAGGUCAUCACCUCCAAACAGAGGCCCCGGAAGCUGACGCUCAUGGGCAGCAACGGGCAUGAGUUUGUUUUCCUCCUGAAGGGCCACGAAGACCUGCGGCAGGACGAGCGAGUGAUGCAGCUCUUUGGCCUGGUGAACACCCUUCUGGCCAAUGACCCAACGUCUCUUCGCAAGAACCUCAGCAUCCAGAGAUACGCCGUCAUCCCCUUAUCCACCAACUCGGGCCUCAUCGGCUGGGUCCCGCACUGUGACACGCUGCACGCCCUCAUCCGGGACUACAGAGAGAAAAAGAAGAUCCUUCUCAACAUCGAGCAUCGCAUCAUGUUGCGGAUGGCUCCAGACUACGAUCACCUGACGCUGAUGCAGAAGGUGGAGGUGUUUGAGCACGCCGUCAAUAACACAGCCGGUGAUGACCUGUCCAAGCUGCUGUGGCUGAAAAGCCCCAGCUCCGAGGUGUGGUUUGACCGAAGAACCAACUACACCCGCUCUUUAGCAGUCAUGUCCAUGGUUGGGUAUAUUUUGGGCCUGGGAGAUAGACACCCAUCCAACCUAAUGCUGGACCGGCUGAGUGGGAAGAUCCUGCACAUCGACUUUGGGGACUGCUUUGAGGUUGCUAUGACCAGGGAGAAGUUCCCAGAGAAGAUUCCAUUUAGACUGACAAGAAUGCUGACCAAUGCUAUGGAGGUUACUGGUCUGGAUGGCAACUACAGGAUCACAUGCCACACGGUGAUGGAGGUGCUUCGGGAACACAAGGACAGUGUCAUGGCCGUGCUGGAAGCCUUUGUCUACGACCCUUUGCUCAACUGGAGGCUGAUGGACACAAAUACCAAAGGCAACAAGCGGUCCCGAACAAGGACAGAUUCCUACUCUGCUGGCCAGUCAGUAGAAAUUUUGGACGGUGUGGAACUUGGGGAACCUGCCCAUAAGAAAACAGGGACCACAGUGCCAGAAUCUAUUCAUUCUUUCAUUGGAGACGGUUUGGUGAAACCAGAGGCCCUAAAUAAGAAAGCUAUUCAAAUUAUUAACAGGGUUCGAGACAAGCUCACUGGUCGGGACUUUUCUCAUGACGAAACCCUGGAUGUCCCGACACAGGUGGAGCUGCUCAUCAAACAAGCCACGUCACACGAGAACCUCUGUCAGUGCUAUAUCGGCUGGUGUCCUUUCUGGUAACCCGAGGCCCAGACCGCGUUUCUCUUGAGGCUUUUGUACUUGGGUAUAUGCUUCCACUAAACUGAAACCACGGUCGGAGAGCUCGACUUUGUUUAUAUUUUGAAAUGUAAAUGAAACGUACUACUGUAUAUUAAACGUUGGUUUGAACCAACUCUUUGGCUGCUGUUGAAGAAUAUAUUGUCAGAAACACAAGGCUUGAUUUGGUUCCCAGGACAGUCAACACAGUAAUACUACACAAAUCAAGCCAUUGAUUUGGGGGAACAGAAGAUUCAUAACUUAGAAAUACGGGUUUUGACUUAACUCACAAGAGAACUCUUCAUAAGCAUUGCUGAUAGAACAAUGGCCUAGUUGUUCCUCUCAACAAGGAUACAGCAAACUCUGCACAGCCAAGAAGCCUCAGGCCAUGGAGGACACAUGUUAGGAAUCGGGAGAAGCUGACUUGGUCACUUCCAUCCAUCCCAUUACCUCACUGGUCCGCAGACAGCAUCAUUUGUAAGAUGGGCCAAAAUGGGUGGAAAGUGUCUCUCUUCUGCCUCACCCAUGAUGCUGCGACUUACACACUUCAAUCCAAGACCCGAAUGCUGGGAGGGGAGUUUCUCGCAAUGGCUGGGUGGCCUUCACGGAGCAGACGCACAGAGACCCACGUGCAGUAGGGCGGCCUGCAGCAGCCUUCCCCAGCACAGCCCUGGGAUGUUUUCAGUGAAGUCUGAACGCUCUCUGUGUAGAGCAAGGCCUUGAAAACAAAUGCUGUCCUGGAGGUGCUGACCACAGAGAGGGGAGGUCUGGUACCUGCGGGGAACUCUGAGCAAAAGAAAUAGUAAACUAAAUGCACAAAAUAUCAAGUGUAGCCAUUCUAGACACCACGUUGUAUCUGAAUAAUUUUUGUGCCAAUAAAUGACAUCAG